AUGACGGAAGAAGAAGCGGUAAACCAGGUAAUACAAAAUUUGCAGCAUCGGGGCCAACUGGUAGAGGACAUCCAAACCUGCAACGUGGAAGUGGCCAAAGUUUUCAUCAGGAUCCCACCAUUCUGGCACGCAAAGCCAGAACUGUGGAUGGCGCAGGUCGAGUCACAAUUCAUCGCUGCAGGUAUAACGAGCGACAAAACAAAGUACUACACCGUCGUGACCGCGAUCGAAAGCAACGUGCUAGCUCAAAUAAGCGACAUAAUUCUUAAUCCACCGAACAGUGAACUGUACACCACGCUAAAAAAUCAAAUAAUAACACAAUUCGCGGGCUCGGAGCAAAAACGUGUAAAAAAGCUACUGCAGGAACAAGAGCUCGGUGAUAUGCGUCCAUCACAGCUCUUGCGCGAAAUGCGAAGUCUGUCCGGCAGAGAGAUAAACGAUAAAAUACUAAAGUCCAUUUGGAUGAGUCGGUUACCUUCCCACAUGCGACUAAUAAUUUCCAUUAGCAACGAACCGCUCGACAAAGUUGCCCUGCUCGCGGACAAAAUAUGUGAGGUUAGCGACACCCUACACGUACACGUGGUCGAAACUCCAAACACAGCAAUAGCCAAUCAAUCCAGCAUCGAGCAGCAGCUAGCCGAAAUCACGAAAGAGAUAGCCUCAAUAAAGGCGAACAUAAAUCGUCGGCCUAGAAGUCGCAGCAGAAGCCGUCCUCCGUCACGCUCCGGUAUGCAAAACAACAAUUCGAAUGGUUUGUGCUGGUACCAUCACAAAUUUGGUAACGAUGCAAGAAAAUGUCGUAGCCCUUGCGCAAAAAAAUUAAACUGA